AUGGCACCAAAAGAAGAGAGGAAAGAUAAAAGAACCAAACCUUGUUGUAAUUGUAAAAGAUCAAAAGUGAAAUGUGUCUACACAAACAGUUUACCAUGUCAGCGAUGUAUUAAAACAGGUCAAGGGGAAACAUGUCAGUUUGUUGCCAAAUUACCAUCCUUGAAAUUUCCAUCAUUAGUUUCAAGUAAAGAUAUUUUACAUCUACCGUCAACAUCAGCUACGGUGUCAUCAUCAUCAUCAGCACCACCACCACCAACAACGACAACAACUACCUCGUUUUCUUCGUCUUCUCCAUUGCAUAAUCCAGUACCAUUACCAACACGAGGGUUGAACAUUACAAUCCCACAACUAAUACCAGCAAAUACAAUGCUAAAUCACACUCCAAAUCAUAAUCAUAAUCAUAAUCAAUCUAUUCCUAAUCAUCAUCCACAUGCAUCACAAGUGCAUUUCAAUUCACAAACAAGCCCGCCUAAUUUGCAUACUUCUUCAGACCCAGGGUGGAAAUCACUGAUUGAACAAAGAUUAAGUACAUUUGAUAACAAAAUUGAUAGUUUGGUAGAGUUAUUAAAGAUUAACCAACAAGUCAUGAUGAAUAACCAACUUCAGUUUAUGCAACAACAACAACAGCAGCAGCAGCAACAUCAUCAUCAACAACAACAGCAGCAACAACACUAUGCCCAUGAAUCAGUAUAUUCCACUGUAAAUGGCCAUAGUAUAAGCUACCCAUCUUCUAGAUCAUAUUCUCCAGAAAGUCGUCCUGAUUCGCAUGAGAGUAUUAGUGAAUACGUUAAGCCAAAACGUCCUGGUGAAUCUGAACCUCCAUCUAAAACUAAAAAGAGAAAGUCAAACAAUGACGCAAGUCCUUAUCUGUUUGAUUUUCGUGAUGGUUUCUUAAGCAAACUGGAAGCUCAUGAAUUAUUCCAAUUUUUUGAUGCCAAUAUUUCCCAACAAUUAUUUGGAUUUGAAAUAUCAAAAUUUAAUGUCGAAGAAAUAUGGGAUAAUUGUCCGAUUUUAGUAUGUGCUAUUAGUACUAUUGCAUCUAUACACCAUCCAACAUUAUCAUCUAAAUCCAAUCAAUUGAAAACGUGUUUGCAUAACUUGUGUGGAACAAUACUAUUAGAACGACCAAAAAGUGAAAAAGAUGCUUAUAAUACCAUCGUUGCUUUGAUAUUAUGCAGUUUCUGGUUGACUGACUCACAGAUGUUUACUGGGUUAGCGUUGCAGUUAGCUAAAGAGUAUGGAUUAAAUCGUCCAAAUCUGAAAAACAAGGACAAAUUGAAAUUAUGGUACUUAUUGUAUGUCCUUGAUGGCCAACAAAGUUUAACAUUCAAUAGACAACCAUUGUUAAAUUCACAGGAAUAUUCAUUGAAACAUAGUAAAGAGUUGUUACUCGAAGAUAAAAACAGUAAAUUGUUUGAGAAUAAAAAGAAGGAAUUGUUUUUGAAUGACAAACAAGAAACUACAGUUAUGUUGCCAAAUGAUGAAGAAAUUUCAAAAUUAGUAGCCAAGCAAAGAUUCACAGAUAUGAGAUUGGUUUCCCAAGUUGAAUAUAAUCAAGCAUUAAAUGAAGCAUUUAAGGGGAAUGCAUGGGAUUUAUUAUCACCAUCUUCAUUUGGUAUGCCUUCAAAGUCUAAUUUGGAAUUAGAUAAAUGGAUGGUCUCUUGGACAGUUUUAUUAUCACCGGGAAAUUUUGGAGCUGUUUGGUCUACAAAGUCAACUUUAAUUUAUUAUAAUUUUGCUAAAAUGCAUAUCAAUUCCACAGCAGUUAGAAAAUUGACCAUUGAUCCAAAUAGAGGUAAAUUUCCUAAAUGGGAGUCGACUCCUACAACUACAAAUACCACCCCGGCAAGGACGUUCACAAGUAAACAAAUAACACCAGAUACAGAAGACUCUGAAGACUCCUCUGAAGAUGAAUAUGACGAUGACGAUUUUAUAUCAAAUAAAGAAUUAGUAUCUCCCGAUGAAGCAGUAAUUAAUGCUAAUAUUGCUUUGAAUGCAGCUCAUACUGUUUUGAAUUUAGUUAUUAAUGAUAAAGAUAUCUUGGAUAAUUUGAAAUAUGUUCCUGUCCAUAUUCAUAUAAUGUUGUAUUAUGCUGCUUUGUUAUUGAUUAAUCCACCUUCUAAAUCCAACAAUCAAACUAUUGAAAUUGAUGAGUUUAAGUAUUAUGAUAAAUUGUUGGAUAAUUUAAAAGUUAUUCAUGUUUUACAACGUAAGAUUUAUAUGAAUUUACCUAUUGAUGCAAAAUUUGGAAACAGAUUGAUUAAAAAUUUACAAGAUGUAACAAUGGAUAAACUUAAAGAGAUUCAAUUAUUUGUUGAUGCAUUGUCUGAUGCACAAGAAGAAAAAUUAGAACUUGGUAAGAAAAUAAGUGCCUUAUUGGACUCAAAUGAUAAUAAAUUUGAAGAAAUUGUGGAUUAUGAUAUCAAUAGUGAUGGAAGUAGUAAAAGUGGUACACCAUUACCCGAGAAAAUAUCUGCCUGGCCUGGUUCUAAUCAUGGUCAUCCAUAA